AUGGUGAAUGUUACAUUCUUGAGACCGGCACCAAAGGGAACAAAGGUCUUUGUGGAGAGCUGGGUCACACACUUGGGAAAGCGGAUGGGCCAGACGAGGGGAGAGAUGAGGCUGGAAGACGGAAAGCCAGACGUGCCCUCACAGUCGAGCCCUGCGGCGAGCAUGACCAAGGCGGAUCAAGAAGAUGCCCCCGACAAUGAUGCGCAAACAUGCAACACCAGACUAUCAGCAGAAACUACCACUACCGCUGCUCCGCGCUCACCCGCAGGCCGUGGCCCCCGACGGCGGCAAUAUGGUGUUCAGUCAACCAAACUUGAGGCUGUCGAGGAUCCUCUUGGGCCUCUGGGAGCUCCCACGCCGCCACCAACGGGCCCCGAAUCCGCUCCUCCAGCGCCGCCUCAGAAGGAAGCUGCGGCUUUGCGCGCCACAAGGCCCGCGCCUGGCGCCUCAACGCCCUCGCUGCGCGGUAUGAUGGACUCGGUUGACCUGGACGACGACGAACAGCCACACUCUUCGCAGGGUGCCCGGAUACCCCCUCCAGUUCAGGCUCCGUCAACUACAGCCCCCCAGCGCCAGAUACAACCGAGCGUCAGUGUCGAGCAGGCUGCGAAACCGUCCUUUGCCAUUUCCGUGGGCGAUCCACACAAGGUCGGCGACCUCACGAGCUCGCACACCGAGUACUCUGUCACAACCAAGACGACGUCCAAGGGCUACCGCAGUCCCGAGUUCACCGUCUCCCGUCGUUACCGCGAUUUCCUAUGGCUAUACACACAGCUACACAACAACAACCCAGGUGUCAUCAUUCCUCCGCCACCCGAGAAGCAGGCUGUGGGCCGUUUCGAGGCCGACUUCGUUGAGUCCCGGCGCGCUGCUCUGGAGCGCAUGCUUAACAAGGCGGCUGCUCACCCUGUGUUGCAGCACGAUAGCGAUCUGAAACUCUUUCUCGAAAGUGAUGCCUUCAACGUUGACAUCAAGAACAAGGAACGCAAGGACCCCGGUCUAAGCGAAAACAAGGGCAUGUUUGGUUCUAUGCUCUCUAGUAGCAGCGGUAAAUUUGUCGAACACGAUGACCGAAAAGGACUUGCGGAAGCCUGUGGAGACUUCUCGGCUUCUUUGCAUUCCUUGUCAGCUGUAGAAUUGUCGCCCGCUCUGUCUAGCCCACUUGAUAGUCUUUCCGACAUCCAGAUCCGCAUCCGCGAACUCUAUGAGCGCCAGGCCCAACAAGAUAUACUCACCAUGGGCAUCGUCAUCGACGAGUACAUUCGCUUGAUAGGUUCCGUAAAAACUGCUUUCCAGCAGCGACAGAAGGCUUACCAUUCGUGGCAUUCUGCUGAGCAAGAACUGCAGAAGCGGAAAACAACCCAAGACAAGCUACUUAGACAGGGUAGAUCUCAGCAAGAUCGUCUGAACCAACUUAGCGCCGAUGUCGCCGAUGCUGAGCGUAAGGUGCAUCAAGCGAGGUUACUGUUCGACGAUAUGGGUCGACUCAUGCGCAGUGAGCUAGAACGCUUUGAAAGAGAGAAGGUUGAAGACUUCAAGUCGGGUGUAGAGACGUUCUUGGAGAGCGCCGUGGAGGCACAAAAGGAACUCAUUGAAAUAUGGGAGACGUUCUUGAUGCAACUCGACACCGAUGAAGGUGAUACAUUUGUUCCGCCUGCUGGUGUCGUGGCUGCGCCCGAUACCGAACCCACCACCAACCAGGAUACGGAGAGUCGUGUAUCGUGUAGAGGAUUUGCGGACCUGACGGUCAAGCCACUUGUAUACUAUAUCGCAACAUCCACGUUCGAGUGGUAUCCUGGUGUGCAGAUCCACCACUCCACAGAUCUCGCCAACUGGGAUCUCGUGGGUAUCAGAUUGCAGCAAUGGGAUCCUGAGGCAGGGAAGCUUGUUGGACCCUGGAAAACCAUAUUCGCUGGUACGGAGCUAGACCUCGUAGAAGGCCCACAUCUGUACAAACGAAAUGGAUGGUACUACCUUUUGACAGCGGAAGGCGGGACAGCUUAUGGACAUGCCUGCACUUUGGCUCGCUCCCGCGAUAUCUGGGGACCAUACGGACUCCAUCCGCAGAAGUACAUCAUUACCUCCAAGGACGCCCCAUUCGCGGCCUUACAAAGAGCGGGUCACGGAGACAUAGUCGAUACUCCGGAUGGCAAGACGUACGUCGUCCACCUUACUGGACGUCCGAUAACACAGGCUCGUCGCUGUGUUUUGGGACGAGAGACGGCCAUCCAAGAGGCGUAUUGGGACAAGGAUGAUUGGCUAUACGUAAAAAAUGGUCCUGUUCCGUCCCUCUACGUCGAUCUACCAGCAGAACGCGAUGACGGCCCCUAUUGGAAGGAGCAGCGCUAUGCGUUCGACGACGGCAGUCUCCACAAGGACUUCCAGUGGCUUCGAACGCCAGAGCCCGAACGUAUCUUUAGCGUCAAAGACGGCUUGCACCUUAUUGGCCGCGAGUCAAUCGGUUCCUGGUUCGAGCAAUCGUUGGUUGCGCGCCGCCAAACACAUUUCUCAUAUGACGCUGAAACGGUCGUUACGUUCAGUCCAGAUGACGAAAGAAAUUAUGCCGGCUUAACUGCAUACUACUGUCGUUUCAAUUUCUUCUAUCUGACAGUCACCGCUGGGUCUGACGGUCAGCGCGAAUUGUUGAUCUUCAGUUCUGAAGCUUCUUGGCCUAACGGCAAUCUGAAACUGCCUAUGGUGGAACCCGUCCAAAUACCGAACGAGGGAAAAGUAAGGCUGGCAGUGAGUGUCCGGGGAGGCGAGCUCCAGUUCCGCUACGCGCUUGAGGGGCAGUCGAGCUUGACCAAGAUCGGACCCGUUUAUGAUGCCUCGAUCUUAAGUGACGAGUGUGGCGGCCAUCAGGCCCACGGAAGCUUCACCGGUGCCUUUGUCGGUCUGGCCGCAUCUGAUCUGAAUGGUACGGAGAAAGUUGCAAAGUUUGAUUACUUCCAGUACACGCCGGUAAAACAUAGUACGGACCGCUACGAUGCAGGCACGUGA